UUUUCCUCUUUUUGGACUGGGGGAGGGUGGUAGGGAGAGAGCCAGAGUCGGGUGCGCUGCUUCCACGGCGACAGGAACCGGGAGGAGCUGCUGAAACAGGGCCAGGCCCUUCUGGGUACAGCAGAGGUGACUGAGGCCCAGAGAGGCAGUGCAGCUUUCCCCAGGGCGCACAGCGGGGAGGCGGAGCUGGUCUCUGCUCUGUGGCAGGAGGCUGAGCCCGAGCCCGCGCGCUGUGGAAUCUGGACCUCAGAUGCUCCUCUCCCCGGGCUUCAGUGGAGAGAAAUGACAGGUCGAAGCGAAUCCUUAUCUCCAUCUUCCAAAACUCUCCUGCUUUUGAGAAAGUUGGAAGGCAAAGGUGCCGAAAACAAAUGCGAGCUCUUUCAGCGCGCACAAGAGAAGCGGGGCCCGCCUCAGUGAAAAGGGACAUUGUUUCUGCGCUCUAGAACAGAGAACUCGGCUGACUCUGAAGCCUGAAGGACUGAGGCUAGAUCCGCACCGAGACUUCCGAGGAAUUUCCCAGGUUCCUCCUCUGUGCUGGCUGCAGGCAGGAUGGCUGGUGCUGAGAGGACUCACCCGUGACUGUGGGACACCUAGCCACAGCUCAGUCUCCUGAAGAUGAAGUGGCCCAGGUGAAGGCAGGCCAGGCCCCAUGGCCAGCUCAGGGACAGAGACACAGUGGCCAGGGCAGGGCCUGGGGCAGGGACCCCACCGACGGCGCCGGUGCUGGGCCUGGACCCAGGAACAGGACGCAGACACAAGUACCGAGCAGGACUGGGGGAAUGAGCAGUCCCUUCCUGAAGCCACCAGCUCCAAGCUCCUGGAGGACUUCCACCACGUCCAGCAGCACCCGCCUCCCCUGGAGUGGGAUCCGGACACACAGGAGUCCGGAGAGUCUUCUAGAGAAGAGACUGAAAUUGAUGAUGUGAGCAGCCCAGAAGGUUCCACCCUGCCUCUGCCCUGGCUCCCAAGGCAUAAUCAACUGCUGGAGCUGUCUGAAGAGGAGCUGGAUGAGGCCCCCAGAAGCCCUGAGGUGGAUGCAACUGGAGAGAGAUGCCCAGGGCUGGAGUGUGAGGACCAAGAAGAUUCCAACUCUGUAACUUUGGGGCAGGGGCCAGCCAGAAGCUGGGUGACCUCCAGUAAACAAGGUGAUGGACAUGGACCUUCAGGGCAUGCCAAGGCCUAUCCAUCUGUUGAACUCAGCCCCGCAAGGUCUUGGAGUAGUGGGGCUGUAAGCCUAGGCUACCCUAGUGACAGCCUUAAUUACACCUGGGAAGGGGACACUGAUGUGCCCCAGUCCACUGCGCUGGUGGACACCCUGCCACAGAGCCCACACCACCACUUCCCACACCCAGAUGACAGAGCAGAGGGUGAAGUUGCUCUGGCAACAUCCACAGAAUUCCAGGACUCCUUAGCAGUGCCAACUCAGAACCCCCAAUGCUCCGUAGCCACAUGGGGGCGCAAGACCACCAGCCUGCCCAGCUCUCUGCCCAAGGACCCAACCUGGAAACGAACUAAGACGUCACCCAAGCCACUGCCCUCCCGAUUUACAGGCUCCAUCAGCCCCCUGAGUACUCGGCUUGGGUCAAUACAGGAAGUCAGGUCACCACACAAGCAGCGAGCCACUCUGGCUAGCCACUCUUCUUCAGAAUCCCCCAAGUAUGGUCGGGGGCGCCUGAACUAUCCGCUCCCUGACUUCUCCAAAGUGGGGCCCCGGGUAAGAUUUCCCAAAGAUGAGAGCUACCGGCCUCCCAAGUCCAGAGGCCACAAUCGGCAACCUCAAGGCCCCACCAGGCCCCUGAUCUUCAAGUCACCAGCAGAGAUUGUGCGGGAAGUGUUGCUGAGUAGUGGAGAGGCAUCCCUGGCCAAGGACCCUCCUGCACAUCCCAUCAGCAGGGUGCCCCAGGAGUUCCAGACACCAGAACAAGCCACUGAGCUGGUUCAUCAGCUCCAGGAGGAUUAUCACAAGCUUCUCACCAAGUACGCAGAGGCCGAGAACACCAUCGACCAGCUGCGCCUUGGAGCCAAGGUACACCUGUAUUCAGACCCUCCCAAGCCUAGUCAGAGUGUCCACUCUGGGUUGGUGUCGCAAGGAAGCAAAGUCUUGUCCUUCACCAUCCCACAACCCCAGUCAGCAGAGUGGUGGCCUAGUCCCGCUCAGGACGCACAGACUUCUGGGGCUACAGGGUGGCCGCCCCCACGAGCAGACCUGAGUCCCUCCUCAUCCCUCAGCAUGCCCACCCCAGGGAGGCUUCCAGAGAACCAGGGCACUGCCAGGGACCAGCCUUCUGCAGAACAGACCCAGGAGCUGACCUCUCAGGCCAGCCGGCUCCUGUCCAAGGUGGAAUGCUUCGAGGGACUGGUACUGACCGGAUGCCUCCCACUCCAGGACCAAAUCAAGGGCUUGGGGCAGCUGAGGGCAGCCCAUGCAGCCCUGGAGGAGGAGUACUUACAGGCCUGCAGAGAGCAGCACCCGACCCCACAGCCCGACGCCUCCAAGGAGACUCCUGGGACCCUUCAUCUCUGCAGGGGGCUGGAGGCAGAGAUAUACCACCUGGGGCAGCGCCUGGAAGAGCUACAGGACCACAUGGAACAGACCCAGGGAAAGCCAAAGUUGUGCAGGCCGGAGCGGCCUCGGGACAUCGCUCCAGCCACAUCCUUCCCACACUGCCCAGCUCACCUGCCUUCGGAACCAACCCCCUCACCAGCUACCCAGACUUACCCUGAGCCUGCCAUCACCACCACUGCUGGUGGCCCCUGCAAACUGCCCAUGAAUGAGGAGAGGAGCCCCAGCAGUGUCAAGGCAGAGGGCAGCCCAAGGGACCAACUAGCUCCACUCAGAGACAGGGAGCUACAGAUGGAACAGAACUUCCAUGGCCUCCUGGAGCAGUACCUCAGCGUGAAGUCCCUUCCUGAAGCCUUGAGGAUGGAAGAUGAGGAGGAGCUGGAGGAGGAGGAGAAGCUGGAAGAUGAGGAAGAUCAUCACAGCACCUUGGAAGUUGAUGGGCCGACUGCAGCUUUGGGAAAAGCCAAAGCCAGCAGGGUGCCAUCUGGACAGCACCUGACACAGGCUGAGGAAAGUCACAGGGCUGCUGUCCACUCCCAGACUUCUCUCUGCUGCUCAUGGCCUCUCUGUGCCUCCCUAGCAGCUCGCAGGUCUGAGUUCAAGAGGCAGAAGCGGAUUUCUGAACAGCUCCUCCCCAGUGCAGCAGUCAGCGUAGUCCCGGCCCUCACAGCUCCCUCGGUGUCCCACGAACCAGCAGAGAACACUCCCAACCUCCUCCUCACCAGGACAGAACGAGACCAGGCCAUCCAGGACCUACAAGCAGAGGUGUCACGCCUCCGCCUUCGAUUGGAGGACAGCCUACACAGGCCACCCCCAGGCAGCCCCACACGCCUAGCAUCUGCUUUCAACCACCCAAUCCGGACCCAGGACCAGCCAGCAGAUUCUUCACCUGCCUGGGUCUCCCACUGUAGCAGUAAAUCUGUAGAGAGGCUGUCAGGAGAGUCUGAAGGUGCAGAACCAGCUGGGCCCAUAGGAAGACGGCGAGUCCGGUCCUCCUCGGUGCCUCGGGAAGUGCCCCAACUGUCCCUGGUUUCAGAAUCUGAGUCUCCCUCCCACUGGCUGUCAUCUGAGAAAAACAGAACCUCUGAGGAUCUCCGAGCAGUGAAUGAGGGAGUGGGAUCAGGGAGCAGCAGCAGGCGGCGGGACAGGGUGUCCUUCCGAGGCCAGUACACAGGCCGGGAGUACCGUGUUCUGUCCCCCAAGGCUGUCCUGAAGGACAGUGGCACAGCCUCCUGUCCCCAGUGCCAGCCCACUAAGACACAGGACACAGGCAGCACCGGCACUAGAGACCCUGGAGACCCACUGGGAUCAUCUGCUACUGAUGCCCUCUGCUGUGCCCUGUGUGGUCAAGUCAGGCCCACUGCAGAGGGAGACAGCCCCAUCUCAGCACCCUCUGAGAGCACCCCGAGGAGAACCACAUCUUCCAACCCCAGUCCCAAGCAGAAGAGCAAGCGGGUGGGCUCCCCUGCACAGCUGCCCCCUGGACUCUGGUACCUGACUGCUACACCCCCCAUCCUGGCCCCAUCAGCCUUGGCCUACAUCUCCUCAGCUCCCAUAAUGCCUUACCCACCAGCCACUGUGUACUAUGCAACCCCAGGACCUACCUCAGCCCCGACAGCCUCCCCUAGGCCAGCCCGGAGACCUCGGGGAACCAGGCACUCUGUCCAGCUGGGCCUCAACGACCUGGAGGAGCUGCAGUUGGCACUCAGUCAGGCUGCAGAGGCUGCAGAGAGUGUGCGCUCCACCACCCGCCAGCUGAGCCGCUCCCUGUCUGCAGACCUGCGCCAUGCCCGCGGCCUUCGAGGCUCCUGCCUCUUCUGAUCCCCAGGAAACUCUGAGACAGAUGGGGUGGGUGUCCUCUGCUGUCCCCCAGACAAUGCUCUGCCUGGAGCCACUGGUGGCUAGAAGAUGCUCUUCCCAGAAGUUCCACCUGCUGGUUCCAUAUGGCAGUUUUAAAAUGCACAGACAUCAGCCUGGUCAACAAGUAGAUGAAUUUCUAGAGGGCCAGUCCCACACAGCAGGUGCAGUGAGCACAGUCUCCUCUGUCCAAUCAGAGCUGCUGGGACUAUCCUCAGCAACACCCCUGCCCCACGCCCCGUCCAUGUCUACCUGUAGAUAAUAAUAUGGAUCUUAUAGACAGGUGGACAGAGUGUAUUUACACUAGGAGCCGUUCUCAGAAGGCCAGGGAAGACAAGGAAAGCCUAGGGGCUUUGCAACACACCUGCCCCUUGCCUGAGACAGCCACUCUGAGGCACGGGGAAGAGUCAGGUUGGGGCCCUUGUUCCUAGAGACCUGUAGGUGGGGGUUAUGUUUUGGGGGACCUAUGGGUUACCUUGGGAUAGAAACCUCAGGUGAUAUGUGCCCAAGUCCUCUGUGGUUACAGAAGUUUUUCCCGUGAACUUGAGGGUAGAGACAGCCCGUGUAAGCCCAGGACUAAUCUACCAGAGGCCACUUCGGACACUCCUCCUGAGGCCAGCUCUUUCCUUGGAUUUCAUUCCCAUCCACUAGAGGACCUUCGAGGCCCUGGCCUGAGGCUGAGAGGCCAGGCCAGUUUCCCCUCCCCCACCCUAUAGCAGCUUGUACCUCAGCAUCUUUGGAAUGUGUGUGCAUCGCAGAUGUUUGUAUAUUUGAGGCAUUUAAAAAUCUAUUUUCUUACAAGACCAAAUGAAGGAAAAUGAAUAAUGAUCUUACAAAACUGAAAACAAAACAAAAAAUUCUCAAA